AUGUCGGAGGUGCUGCCCUACGGCGAGGACAAGCUGGGGCACUUCGGGGACGGCGGGGAGGUGGGGCAGAUCUCCUUCACCUGCCGCCUGCAGGACACCAGCAACUUCUUCGCGGGGGGGCAGAACAAGAGGCCCCCCAAGCUGGGGCAGAUCGGCAGGAGCAAGAGAGUUGUCAUUGAAGAUGAUAGAAUUGAUGAUGUGCUGAAAAAUCUUUCAGAAAAGGCACCUCCCGGUGUUUAA